ACGUGUUCUCUUACACGAAAACAGUAGUGGAAGAGUUCCUCGGUAUCCCUUACGCUGAGCCUCCGAUCGGUGAACUCCGCUUCAAGAAGCCGGUUCCAUUGCAAUUGAAGGGGACCCUGAAUGCAUCGAGCUAUGCACCGGGGUGCACAGCGGAGUUCGGAAUGUUCACAACGGAGACAUUCAACUUCAGUGAGGACUGUCUCUUCCUAAAUUUAUGGAGACCCAAGGGAACGACAGCGAAAGAUUCAAAAGCUGUCGUGGUCGUCUUCCACGGAGGCGGUUACGUCGCAGGGGAUGGGAGCGAACAUGAUUGGCGAGGCGGAAGCUUGAGUGCGCUUGGAGACGUCAUCGUGAUAAAUUUCAAUUACCGCCUCGGUGUAUUCGGCUUCCUGGACCUUGGUAUCGAAGAGGCUCCCGGUCAUCAAGGACAUUGGGACCAGCUUCUCGUCCUCGAAUGGGUGAGAGACAACGUGCGCAAUUUCGGUGGUGAUCCGGAAAGAGUUCUGCUCAUCGGGGUCAGCGCUGGCUCGUUCUCAAUAUCAGCGCAUCUUAUGUCGCCCCAUUCAAGGGGACUCUUCCACGCUGCGGUUCUUGACGCCGGGAUCGUUGCGCUCGGCGAUACGAUCGAAGACUCUGCCGAGAGAGCUACGAAGAUCGCCAAUAGCGUCUCGUGCUCGAACUCGACCGUAGAGGAAAUCGUAGAAUGCCUGAAGAAUCUCGAUGCGUCGCUGCUCCUGGAACUCCAACAAGAAUUCGCGGUCAGCCAGACGUAUGUUUUCCGACCAACUCAAUCGAAUGAAUUCAUCGGUGAUGGAUCCCUCGAGGAACUCUUGGCGACCGCAGCCGAGAACUUCAAUCAUGUACCCAUCAUCAUCGGCGACUCAGCGAAGGAGGGAGCAUUCCUCAUGACGGAACGCGUCAACGAGCCCUUACCCGAGCUCGCGACACUCGAGCAAACUCUCGGUUUGAUGAGAAACAUCUGCGAAUGGCAUUUCGUCCCCGAGUUUCCAGUCGACUCGAUCAUGUCUGCCUACGAGCUCUCUGACGACAUGGAUACCUUUGCGUACCGAAACGCUACAGCGGACUUCAUUGGAGACAGCCUAUUCGUUUGUCCAGUGACCAAGUUCGCAGCGGUUUACUCGAAGUACUCCAUGGUCUACCAUUAUUUCUGGGAACGAAAAACUGUAUCGUCGACCGUCGGAGCUGACCCGUGGGCUUUCGGCGCGUACCACGGUAUACCAUUUUACCAUAUGCUGGGGUCGUUUUUUGAGAGUUUCGAUGAUUUAGCUCCUGAAGAUGUUUCUUACAGCAUGGCAGCCAUCGAAAUGCUAGUCGAAUUCGCGAAGACUGCGAAACAGCCGUCGUUCAGAGGAGUCAGUCUGCCGGCAUUCGAUGCGCUGAACAAAAAGGUUUUCAUUUUCGACGAUUCCCCUCAUACAGUUUCGGGGCAUCCGCGACAAAAUUUCUGUGAUACACUCUUCAGUGCCGAGUCGCGAUCGACGGUCAAAACCAGCGAUGAACUAUGA